UCUCCUAAUUCUGCGAUGGCUGACAGAUGUGUCGCCAUUGUUUUAGAUCCUGAUGUCCAUAUAAUAAGAUGGAUUGCCGGGUCAAAGCACCAGACGUGGCUGCAUGCAAGCGCUUUGAGGAGCCCCACCAUUUCCUCCCAUCGAAGUCUUCCCUUCCCUCUCCUCCUACAAUCCUUUUGCCUUCAUCCUUUCUCAGUCUUCUUCGGCCUGCUCGCCCCGCGUUGGAGAGAAACCAUGGCGAAUUCGGCGUCGGGAAUGGCGGUGAACGAUGAGUGCAAGCUGAUGUUCUUGGAGCUGAAGACCAAGAGGAUCUACAGGUUUAUCAUCUUCAAGAUCGACGAGAGGAUACAGCAGGUGACGGUGGAGAAGCUGGGUCAGCCCGAGGAGACCUACGAUGACUUCACGGCCUCCCUGCCGGCUGAUGAAUGCCGCUACGCCGUCUUCGACUUCGACUUCGUCACCGACGAGAACUGCCAGAAGAGCAAGAUCUUCUUCAUAUCAUGGGCACCUGACACCUCGAGGGUGAGGAGCAAGAUGCUUUAUGCAAGCUCAAAGGACAGGUUCAAGAGGGAGCUUGACGGGAUACAGGUGGAGCUGCAAGCCACAGAUCCCAGUGAGAUGAGCAUUGACAUCGUGAAGGCCCGAGCUCUAUAAGAGCUUCUGACCUUCUCACGAUGAACUGAUGAGUGAUGGACAUGUCUGUGAUGCCAUUAGGCUUUAUGAGCCAUGUCAAAGAAUUGUUGUCUUUGGAAGUCAAUUUCUUCAUCGAAGUUUCAAGGAAUUAUAAAGCUGUCUUUUGCUCUUUCUUU